AUUUGAUUUUGUGUAAAUAUUCAGAAAAACUCUUCUCAAACGUAAUAUUGAAUUUAUUCGAAAGCAACUGCGCUGAAAAGAGAAACAGUUUUUACGGAAUUUCAAGAUGGCACCGCAACAGAAUUCAACGUUGAUUGAUGAAAACACCAGUCUAGGUCAAUCAGUGAACGAGCUACCAGAAGAAAUUAAACAUUACAGUCCAAUAUUGCCGUUAAAAACUAAACCAAUUGAUAAUAAUAAAGAAAAUUUUCGAUGCAAAAGAGCUGACACCGUUGACGCUAAGGAAGAACAAUACUUGAAUCAACUUAAAUAUAAAGAUAAUCAUAAUAAAAAUAAUAAUCGACGUAGCGAACGUAGUUGUCGCAGUCGUUCCAUUUCAUUGUGCGGUGUUAAUAGUACAGUGGCUUAUGAACAGGGAUAUAAAGAAAUCACGAUAUGGUUGGGAAAUGAGGUGCGCUAUGUAUCGGGAGUUACUAACAAAACUACAUGCAAUGACAUAAUCAAAGCCAUGAUUGAUGAUGAACUUAGCAACGGCAAUAGUGAACUUUACCGCUGCGUACAAAAAGACGGAACAGCAUCGCGUGACUACAGCGGAUAUGUUAUAACAGAAUGUUGGCGUGGUAUCGAGCGCAGCUACGACGGCAACGUCGCAAUUUUACCAAUUUGGAAGGCCUGGAAUCGAGCACACAAUGAGAUACGUUUAAGCCUUAAAUGUCAUAAAGAUGUUAACGAUCCUGCAAAGCCAAUUAAAACCAAUAGUACACUGUCGUCGUUGCGUAAAUAUUUUUGUAAAUUAUUAAAUUUUCGAUUGCUUGGAAAAGACCAGCCGACCAAGUCAACAAAAUCACUUAAAAACCAUGAGGUGAAAACAACCAUUCUGCCAACCAGUCAUCUUUCUCCUGACGCGAAGGAUAAGCUUGAUAAAGAGAAACUAUAUAGACUUUGCGAAACGCGUUCGACAGUCCGGAAACGUCGUAAAUCUCCUCGUAAACGAAAAAUUCAUAAAAGGUCAAAUGUUAUCAAACGACAUGACAAAGACCAUGAUAUAGGCAAUUAUUUACGGCGACGUAAAGGUUUAACUGCUCGCAGCUCGAUACGUAGUAAGUUAGCGGAAAAAAAUGCCGAAAUGAACGAACUCUACGCACGUGAAUACACGUUAACAAGGCAACUGACCAAAAAAUGUAAACUGUAUAGACUUCAGAAUGAACUCUACACUAAAACCGAUAAGAAUUUCGAAAUGUCUGUCGGUCAGAUACAGCAUAACAUAGAAAAUUGUGCACAAGAAAUCUUAAAAACCGAACAUGAACUCCUGCAUGUCAAGAACGAGAUCAAACAAGACAUAUCUAUCAUAAACAGUUUGAAACGGUUAGCACUUGAAACGAAUAGUCCCGAGCGCCGAAUGCCAAUAGCACUGCGCGAAGUUUUAAGGCAUUCAUCGCCUGAACCAGCAGCAGCAAUUCCAAUUCCCAUAAAGCCAACAAGCGAACGUAUACAAUUCGUCGAUAAUAUACAUGAAUUUUGUGACAAUAAUGCCAGUUUAUUAGUUUAA